AUGACCAAUCCGUAUGCUACCGAUGAACCAGCCCCCGAUCUCUGGUUUGAGCAGACUAACCUUGCUGCUGUCUUCAUUGGCUGUGUCGCCUACGGCGUACACAUCGUCGUCUACUUCGCAUGCGUAUACUAUCUAAUUCUCGAAAAAAAGAAGAACAAUUGGAAAUGGCUGGCUUUCGUCACGAUGUUGUUCGUUUUGGCCAGCAUCAACAUCUGUAUCAACAUGCAUUUCAGCGAGCUCGCAUGGAUUGACGAUCGUAACUAUCCCGGCGGCCCGCUUGCAUUUUUAAUGCAGCAGCAAGCACUCCCCAUAAACACCCUCGGUAACUCAGCUACUCUCGUCUCUACCUUCUUAGCCGACGGGUCCUUGCUUUACCGCGUCCACGUUAUCUGGAGGAGGUGGUAUAUCGUAGUGAUUCCAACGUUGAUGUGGUUGGCAUCGACCAUUCUAUCCAUACUCACUACCGUUCAGGCUGCUCAGCCCGCUUCAAGCCUCUGGGCCAGCGCAACGCUUAACUUCUCCAUUGCUUACUGGUCGAUGUCAAUGUCUCUCAACAUCCUACUUACCAUUCUCCUAAUCACGCGUCUUUUCUGGAUGCGUCGGAAGAUUAUCAAUACGCCCCUCGGAAAGAAAUACGGAAAGACUUACACUGGCAUUGCCACGAUGCUGCUGGAAUCUGCACUUCCCUACGGUCUCGUCUCUUUGGUCUUCAUUAUCCUCUACGGCUUAGGGAAUACGGCAGAGAAUUUGUUCAUUCCUCUGGCUUCCCAAAUUGCAUGUAUCGCACCGGAGCUGGUGAUCCUCCGUGUUAGUCUUGGGCGUGCAUGGUCGAACGAGACAGUCACAGAGGCAAACCUCUCCGCACUCAGAUUCCGCGACGAGACGGGACGGUCGACGACCGCUGGCGGGACUGAUCUCACAAAUGACCUGUCGAUGAUGACGUUCAAGGGUGGAUCGUAUCCCAAUCUCCGUACUAAGGCCUCGGAUAUGACGGUUAACCGUUUGGCAUAG